CUUUUCUCUCCUGAUCCCUACCUGGUCGCCCCUAGCCUUAUUUUUGAAGAUGAGCUCCAUGUCUGCUGGUGAAAAUGACCACCUCCUACCCAAACUGCAGUACCAUUCUGAUUUAAAUAAUGAGGUUGAUGUUGCCAAUAAUAAUACCCUUCUCUGGGAAGAUAAACUUAAUCUUCCUCAAAUUACUUUCAGAGCCACUCUAGCAGGUCUUAUGAUUGGCUCUGUUGUCUUGAUCUCAAAUUUCCAAUUUGGUCUUCAAACUGGUUGGGUUUCAAUGAUGUCGUUACCGUCGGCAUUGCUCGGUUUUACCAUUUUCAAGAUUUCUCCGUUUGCUAAAAACUUCACUGAUGUUGAAAAUGUAUAUAUCCAAAGUAUCGCAGUGGCUGUUGGAACGGGUCCUUUAGCGUACGGGCUAAUUGGAAUUAUACCUGCAAUUGAAAAAUUCUUAACCGCAGAUGAAAGCGGUAGUGGAAGUAAAAUUAGCCUUUCUUUAUCCCAAUUGAUUACUUGGUCUUUUGGUCUUGCUUUAUUUGGAGUGUUUUUCGCUAUUCCAUUAAGAAAACAAGUUAUAAUUAAGGAAAAAUUACCUUUCCCUUCUGGUAGAGCUACCGCUACCCUAAUAUCGGUAUUACACGGUAGUGAAGUUUAUGAAGACUCCAAAUCUAAUGAUGAUACUAACGACUUGAUAAGAAUUGAAUCUCCCGUUUUACAACCUGUUCAUAGAAGUAUAGACCCAGAAGAUCAUUCCAACGAUGAUACUUAUAAAUCUAAUAUCAACUCACUCAUUUAUACUUUCAGCAUAUCAGCAACCUACACUCUUUUAUCAUACUUCUUUCCUAUUUUGAAGAAUAUCCCACUCUUUGGCUCUAUUGCUGCUGACAAAUAUCAAUGGAGCUUUCAGCCUUCUCCUGCGUAUAUAGGUCAAGGUAUAAUCAUGGGUUUACCCACUGUUUCUUACAUGCUUUUUGGUGCCUUUCUAGGGUGGGGGGUCUUGGCUCCCUUUGCUAAAAAAAUUGGUUGGGCUCCGGGAGAUAUAAAUGAUUGGAUCAAUGGAGGCCAAGGCUGGAUCUUAUGGUUAAGUUUAAGUGUCAUGAUCAGUGAUUCCCUUGUAUCAUUUGGGGUAGUUUCCUAUAAAUCAAUUAAAAAUGUGAUACAUAAUAUGAAAAAAUAUGAUUUAGAGCGCCAAGUUAGACCUAUUGACUUAGCUGAUGUUGAGGAAAAUCAUUUAGUUAGUUAUAAAACUACAGUGAUCGGCUUGGCUUUUUCAUCAAUAAUUUGUUUGAUUUCAGUUAGAUUGGUCUUUGGUUCCAUUGUACCUUAUUAUGCCACUGCAAUUGCUAUCAUAUUGGCACUUCUUUUUUCUAUCCUUGGAGUUAGGGCAUUAGGCGAAACAGAUCUAAACCCAGUUAGUGGUAUUGGUAAGCUUUCUCAAUUGGUUUUCGCUCUUAUAAUCCCUUCUUCUCACCCGGCGAAAAUUCUUAUAAAUUUAGUAGCUGGGGGAAUCGCUGAAGCUGGUGCUCAACAAGCUGGGGAUCUAAUGCAAGAUUUGAAAACGGGGCAUUUAAUUGGAGCUUCGCCAAAAGCUCAAUUUGUUGCGCAAAUGAUUGGAACAUUAUAUUCAGUCGUUUUGAGUAGCGUUAUGUAUAAAGUUUACAACAUUGUUUACGAUAUCCCAAACAAUCUAUUCCGUAUCCCAACUGCUAUCAUUUGGAUCGAUUGCUCAAGAUUGGUGACUGGUGAAGGAUUGCCCCCAAGAGCUUUUGAAUUUUCAAUUGCAUUUGGUAUCUUUUUUGCAAUCAUUUCUUUGAUUAAGAAUUCCUGUCCUGUUACAAGUAAAUACCACAAAUACUUAAUCUACUUACCUAAUGGUGUUGCCGUUGGUAUUGGUAUUUACAAUACACCAAAUUUCACUCUCGCUAGAUUUAUCGGUGGUCUUGCUGCAUAUCUUUGGUUAAAAUACAACAAGCAUGAUGAUAAAAUUAAGAUGAUUAUUAUAAGUAGUGGUUUAGUUUUAGGUGAGGGUUUGUUAAGUGGUUUUACCAUGCUUUUAACCAGCUUAAACAUAAAGCAUUUUUAGACAUUGAC